CUGCAUCGCCGACUGGCGAGAGGCUGGCGUCUCACGUCUUUCGCGAUCGCAGAAGUCGCCCGUGUAUUUUCUAAAACCGCGCCGAUUUCCCUUAAACUUAAAUAGAUCGGUUUUCGGCCGAUCUCCGAUAGCGAAAACCGGUGAAAAACGAGGCGUCGUUCGGCCUCUAGAUCGGCAACGUGUUUCCGGAUCCUUCUGGGGUAAAAUCGAAUCUGACGUGUCGUGUUCUUGUGUGCGCGUGUGUGUGUGUGCGUGUGCGCGCGUGCGUGCGUGCCUUCGUGUGGAAUGAAAUCGGACUGCCGAACGCGUAGGAAUGUGCAGAAAAUAAAGUGAAAAACAAUGUGAACGCGUGUAACUAAUGCCGCAGGAUAUUUUUUUUUUUUUUUUUUUAUAUCCAAGAGAUAACUUUUCAACGCACGCCGGCCACGAUGCUUCGACUCGACGUAGUUCGUUGAAGAUAUUUCGAGUCGAAAGACAGAUGCUAGCCGCGGUCUGCGUGUUUCAGUGCGAGGAGGAGAGAGGCGGUCGUAUCAUAGACUGAUCGUGAGAGCGAACCUCGAUUUCUCGUUCAUCUUUUAUCCGUAGCCGUCGGUGUUGAGAAUCGUCAUCUCGGAAUUAUGAAGGGCCGUUGCGGCGUCGGCGAUCAUCUUAGAGAAAAUUGUGUCAUCUUAGAAAAUCAUCUUCGUUGACCUGAAAUGGACCGGAUCAGAUGAAGAGGGACCGUACAAGCCGGUUCCACCACCAAAGCCGGUGCCGAACAAUCAGAAGCCUCACGCUCACCAUCAGCACCAAGCAAACAAUCAAACGGAGGUGAAUCAGACUCUCCAGUCUGAUCAAGGAUCUCAGAUCCAAAACCAAAACGGCUCACAGGAGGUGCAGGGUCAAAUCACAGGGCAGCCUCCCGCUCCCGAGUACAGAAUGCCUCCGCUCUAUGGAGACGAGCAAGGUCAAGGUCAGACGCACCACGGAACUAAUCUGCAAACGCACAGUAGCAAAUUUCCCAUCGAGAGGGAAGUCAUACUGUCAUCGGGUGACAAGAACUCGAAAAUUCCAAUUCUCCAUGAGUACAAGAAGAGGCCGACCGGCAGGGUAGCCAUCGCACCGGAUGCACCGGUCAAGCAGCAGGCCUGGACUCAGGAGGAAACGCAAAUGCAAGAGCUGAGACAGGACUACCAAUCGAAAAAUUACCAAGCCCAGGACACUUAUUCGUCAUCGGCCGGCGGUGCAAUAGCCAGGCCGGGAAAAACGGAGGACGACAAGUCAAAGUCCUUGUCGCGGACCUACCACACGAUAAAGGACAUGAUCUCAAGCCGCUUCGGGCCUAGCAGAAAAGAGACGGAACUCGAGCCAGAAGCAAGUCUGAACAACGUUGCCGAGGAUCUUCGCAAGUCAAGUAGAAGCAUAAACGACCAGGAGGUGGAGACGAAGAAGAAAGAAGCGAUAUACGGAAAGCCGAGCCGGGCGGCUCAGGAUCCGGCGGUGAACAUGCAGCAACAGUACCCGAAAAAUGCUUACGGCCAGUACGGCCACGCGUACGGCUACCAGGCAGGGCAGAGCAUCGGCCAGAACGUGCAGAGCAUCCAGAACGUCUCGCUGCCCGGUCAAUUGCAGCCCGCCGCCCCGAUCCAGCCCAGUCUGCCGGGUCAAAGCGCUCAGUUGCACGUGAGUCACCAUAUACCAGGCGGCGGAGUCCAGACCGUCCAUCAGACGCAGAUCGGCGGUUUCACGCAAUCCCAAACUGGGCCCUCUCAGGCCCAAGGAAUGGCGCGAGAGUUCCAGAUACCCGGAACCAGCGGUAUGCACCAUGGCCAGAUGCAGUCGCAGCCCAAUGUCAAUUCCUCGAAGCACGGCCAGGGUGUGAUACAGCUCCAGUCGCCGAGCCAGCCGUACCAGAGCCCGCAACAGUUGGUUCACCAGAACCAACUGCUCCAAAGUCCCGCUGCACACUUCGCGCAACAGCACGCACAGAAUAUGCAUCAGCGGCAGCUCAUCCAGCAGAUGCAUCAGCAACAGAUAGCCAGUCAGCAGAACAGCAAUUCGACCCCGCUGCGGAGUGGCCAGCAGCCCCAAUUCCAAAGCCCCUAUCAGCAGCAGCAGUACCAGGUCAGGCAACCCAUUUCCAGGUCGCAGAUCGAUCUGCCAAGCACCUCGAGACAGGUCUCGGACAAUAGGACCACCACCAAUCAGGACAUGUACUAUCACUAUCAGGGCAGGCCUCGGUACGGGGUUCCUCAGGUGUACAUAAAGUCGGAGAACAGUAACCAGGACGCCGAGUUUCAGAGAAGAAGUUCGGCCAGGCGGAUCGAGAAGGCGGCUUCGCAGCCGCAGUUGAGUUUCGAGGACGAGCGUAGCGCUGGGGAGAUGCCGAGGAAUUCGAGCGUGGACAUCAUGGAUAAGGAGAAGUACGAGAUCACCGUCGAGGAGCGGCAGAAUCAAGGUCAGGGGGAGUUCGGCAGGAGUGGAUCGCAGCGAAAGGACGAGUAUAACAGGCCCGAGACGAGUUUCGGCGUGCGAAGAGAGGAGAUGCGAAAUUCCGUUCGAGAGACGGACUACGGGGAGGUCAAGGAGAGCAAGGAAGGUUCCAUGAUGCCCAAGAGGGUGGAGGAGCUUCAGAAACGUUCGGAAAUUGAUGAUUACAGUCCGAAUUCAAGGAAGAAAAUUAACGAGAGUGAGGCCUCGAAGAAUACUCAACAGACGAAGCGAGUUUCCGGCGACGCUUACCACAUGACCGAGACUCUGAAACGCCUCGAAGACGCCACGCGGAAAUCGGACGUCGAGCAGUAUUCGGCUCAGGAGUUGACCGCCAAGUCUGACGGAAGAAAGGACGAGCAACUCGAGCAGGGAAUGAACCGACUCAAGAUCCAUAACCAAGGAUCAGGAUCGGAUUACGACAAGGCUGGUCAAAGUUCGUCGAACGUUGAUUCCGGGAGAGGAUCGGCCGUGUAUUCCAGCGGGAGGCGACCACCGCCGGAAGAUCAGAUCCUCAUCCAAGGGCAAGACUCCGAGUGGGUCGACAUCGUGGAAUCGGAACUAAGGAGCAUCUUGGAACCAAGGGACGUCCCGGCGAUGGCGCAUUCGACCCUUUCGGAGAGCGUAUCGUCCGUUACACCUCCGUUACCACCCCUGUCACCUCAUGGGAGCCCACGGACACCCAGAAAUCGAUACACCGCCAGUUUGCCUUACGGAUCGAAACCGAAUUACAGCGAGUACUCGAAGAGCAGUGAGAAAAGGAACUUCGCCAGCGGUUCGAAGCAUCGCGGUGUGUCGACGUCGAAGAAGGAUGCCGCAAAAAAAUUCUCCCAUCUUUUCGGAAUAGAAGCUGCUGAUCUGACAUCGACCACAACUGGCCUCGACCUCGAGUCCAUGCUGGACCGGAGUGAUUCUGACCUGAGUACAAACGACGCGAGGACCAUCAGAAAGCAGCUGGAAGGGCUUGAGAACAUGUACAGUGAGGUUUUGAAGCUGCUCGGUGGGAGCGUGAAGAAAAGGAGAAAAGCACGCGGACUAGCCAGCUAUGGAUCAGUGUCGUCCUUGCCAUCUUCGUCGGUCUCCUCGAGGCCGGUAACGAGACAUCACGACAAACGACGCUCACACAUCGUCGACGAUAGGAUGAAAAAAGCCAAAGACGUCAAGAGCAUCAACAAGAGAUUUCAGAGGCUGGAGUCGCACGUCGUGACGUUGGCACGAUCUGUAGCUCAUCUUAGCUCGGAAAUGAGGACUCAACACUUAAUGAUUCAGGAGAUGGAAAAUAUACGGGGCGAAAUAUCGGCACUGAGGACACAGACUAGCAUGGCCAUGGUGAGGUCUCAGUCCCAGCCUCUGAUAAAGGACUCGGACCUCCCCGCUCUUUCGAAUCCAUCGCGGGUUAAGAAGCUGACUAAGUUCUUCGGGGCCGAACCACCGCUGAUAAGACUGUUUCUCAGAGAGCUCGGAUACGAGAAAUACGCGAAUGCCUUCGAGAAAGAGAAGGUUGGCAUGGUGGAGCUACCCUACUUGAGUGAGGAGCGAUUACAGAAAAUGGGUGUGCCUCUCGGCCCGCGGCUGAGGAUUCUGCAAGAGGCUAGAAUAUCAGUUUGCAAAGACCCCGUGUACGUGGUUUGACUUUCUCCCGAGCUAAGCUUCGAGAGAAAACAAAAGUCGAGUGAAAAAAGUAAGAAAAGAAAAGAUCGAACGAACAAGCAAAUAAAUAUAAAACGGAUUUUUAGACCACCGUAAAACGGGUGAAUAUGAUUCGGAUAUAAAAAAAUUUUAGCCCACAAGAUUGAUUGCUGUAUUUAAUAUUCGAACGGAGAUUAUUUAGUUAACAUUGAAUCUACGGUAUUAGAAUUAAUUAAAUAUACUACAGGUUAUGUAUUAUUAUUAUGGAUACCUACCAUUGAGUGGAGAAAUUUUUUUUACGAGAUUUUUCACGUUAAACGAAAGACUGCAUCGAUAAAAAAAAAAAAACUAUACAAUAAUACUUAGCUAUGUAAAGCUGUGCUUUUAUGCAUAGUCGGUCUGUAAUCAUUAUGUACAAUACUUGUAUAAUAGAUAGCGCAGUUGUAGGGCUGUUGACAAUAAAAUUAAAGGGUUCUGAAGAGAAGGAGAAACGAGCCGAUUACAUGGAAAAAAAAACAACAACAAAAAUGCAAGAUACAUUAUUCCCAAAGAAAUGUUGAUAUUACGCAACGUUGAGCUCGGGGAGAUUGCCGGCUAUCGAUAGUAACAUCCAUCCGGAGGGUUAAUCAUUACAAUUAUCUGUACCUCCGACCUUCUCAAGAAUAUCCUCAACUCGAUUUCCUUCGCAGUAUGCGGUGCACUUUUCUUUUCCAAGAUACGUAUAUUAUGUUUCGAUAUAUAAAGCAUAUAAAGCAUAUAUAUAUAUACAUGUAUGUAUAUAGGUAUAUAUAACAUACCUUUACUCAACCAAUUUGCGCGGUCACUGUCCUCGUUUCCUUCUUUUGCCUUGAGGCAAAAAAUAAGGAAAAGAAAAGAAAAAAUGGGAAUAAAAGAAAAUACACACAAGGUGUGCUCCCCAUUCUAUGUACAAUGUAGUGCACAUAGCUGUAGUACGUGAUGUAAUUACCGCCAGGCAAUCUCUUCGAUAUUCACCUCAUGUAGACCUUGUACAGUUACUGAUAUUAUUAUUAUUGUUAUUUUUUUAAUUAUUGUUGUAUCUAUUAUCGUGACAUUAUAAUUAUGGUAUCAUCAA